CAUUUCCUCUCCCCCUCUUCCCCGUCGACCUCGUCGGCGACGCCCGCCACUACCCCGCCGUCCGGCCCCACCCCGCAUCGCCGGCGCCCCCCGCCCGCCCCGUGACUCCCGCGGCGCAGCCACGGAUCCCGAGGAGACGGAGGAGCCCCGGCGAUGGGGUUGGUGAUCGAGCGGGAGGAAUGGGCGCUCACGCCCCUCGCAUACCCGCUCCUCUCCGCCGCGGGCCUCGCCGCCGCACUCCUCCUCCCUUACUUCUCCGCCGCGAGGACCCCGGCGCACGCGGCCGGGUCGUCCUCUUCCCCCUUCGACGUGGGCGCCGGCCCCUUCCUCCGGUUCCGCCGCGCCUUCCUCGUCAUCUUCUCCCUCGCGUCCGUGGUUGAGGGGAUCCAGUCCGUGUUCGGGGAGGAUGAGUUCGUCCGGUGUGGGCUUGGCAGGGAGCAGAUGGCCGCGCGCCUUGCUGCUACUGCUGCAGCUGCUCUGUUCCCAGGCGCCAUAUCUGGCGUCGUUUCUGACAAAAUGUAAGUUUUGGGGAUGAAUGCUUUUGCCCAGUGUUAUGAGUACAUAUUUUUCAUUUAAAGUUUAGAGCAUGAGUUUAUCACUUUAUUAUAAUGGAACAUUUUGCAUAGCUCGUUCAAUUGCUCCCCACAUUGGUUGGUGUGAUCCAGCAAAAUAUGAACUACCUA